GAGAAAACCAAAGAAAACCCUAUUUCUAUGUGAAGAAAACGUUCAACGUGCCAUUUGAAGACCUUUUUAAACACAACGGUCGAAAUGCCAAAUCCCUCCUUGAUUUGAGAAAGCAAAGCGCGUUGCGCUAGAGAGAGAGAAAAUAUGAAAAAAAAUGGACGAUCGAGAGGAGGAGAAAUCUCAGAAACCCUAAUCGAGGAAGAAGGAGAGCGACAUGAAACUGGGAAAGAAGAAAAUGGGUUCUUCGCAUGCUAUUUGCUGGCUUCCCUCUGCCCGCGUUUCAAAGGCCAUACCUACAUCGGAUUUACUAUCAAUCCACGCCGUCGAAUUAAGCAGCAUAAUGGGGAAAAAAGGUGUGGUGCUUGGUGGACUAAGAGCAAGCGCCCUUGGGAAAUGGUGUUAUGCAUUUAUGGCUUCCCAAACAAUGUGUCCGCUCUCCAGUUUGAAUGGGCAUGGCAGCACCCAACAGAAUCACUGGCAGUGAGAGAGGCAGCUUUGAGUUUCAAAUCUUUAUCUGGGAUUGCCAAUAAGAUCAAACUUGCAUUUACAAUGCUCACUCUUCCGGCCUGGCAGGGUCAGAAGCUCACAGUAAACUUUUUCUCCACAAAAUAUAAAAAGCAUUCUGCUGGUUGCCCUGGCUUGCCGGAACACAUGAAGGCCCUAAUUUGCCCCAUGGACGAGCUUCCCUGCUAUGAGGGAAGUAAUCAGAGCUUAUAUGAAAAUGAAAAUCAAGAUGAAUGGGAUGAUGAUGAAGUAUGUGACAGAAUAGGAAAUAUACAAGAACUGACCAAUGCAACAGUUCUUGAUUCUGCAGUUAAUCAGAGCAGCGUCCAAGAGAUUUGCAGUGAACAGCUGGCGGAAUCAAUCUCUCUUCCAAUUAAUUCUAUGGGAGAAACAUCUUUAGUCUUUACCGGGUUGAAUGGCACAAAAGAAACUGUUGAAGGCAGAGAUUCUACUGAAAAAUGGAUUGAAGACAGUAGUUCAGAUUUGGGUUCGCCAACCAGGAGACUGUUGCAAAUGGCUGCUGAUGAUCAACACCAAACCAGCAGUUGCGGUUUUGCUUGCUCUGUUGAGGUCAUAGAUGUUUUCACCCCCUCCCCUGACUGCAGAAUUAGUUCAUGCACCAAGAAGAAGAGGAGAAAUGCAACCAGCAGUUGCGGCUUUGCUUGCUCUGUUGAGGUCAUAGAUGUUUUCACCCCCUCCCCUGACUGCAGAAUUAGUUCAUGCACCAAGAAGAAGAGGAGAAAUGCCAUUGCAUGUCCUGAUAUCAUUGACUUAACAAAGUCUCCCUUUAUUGUUUAAUUGUAGAAUUUUUGGACAUGUAACCUAUAAAUAAUAGGGCAGAAAAUGAACAGCUGUUUCUUGUUUUGGAAUAAGUCUGUUCAAUAGCAGUCUUUCAUCCUAUCAUUAGAAAUAAUAUUCUUACUGGUUUAAUAAAACAAUACUAAUAUGCAAAUAUUUAUGCA